CCCCAACCUCUGGUCUUGUGUACAUGUUCUCCUAAAAGCUCUGAGCUGUUUUCCGUGUCUCCUCAGAUCUCCUACCUUGCCUACCUGUGUUUGUACAACUACAUCAUCCUGGUCAAGAUGGAACGCUGGCCGUCCCUGCAGGAGUGGAUCGUCAUCUCUUACAUCAUCACUCUGGGAAUGGAGAAAGUCAGACAGAUCCUGAUGUCAGAGCCGGGGAAGCUGAAGCAGAAGAUCAACGUUUGGGCCGAAGAGUACUGGAACAUCACAGACGCGGCGGCCAUCUUUACCUUCCUCCUGGGCCUGAUGCUGAGGCUGCAGAGCGAGCCCCUGUUGGGCAUCGGACGGGUCAUCUACUGCGUGGACAUUAUCUUCUGGUACAUCAGGGUGCUCGACAUCUUCGGGGUCAACAAGUACCUGGGCCCCUACGUCAUGAUGAUCGGGAAAAUGAUGAUUGACAUGUUGUACUUCGUGGUGAUCAUGCUGGUGGUGUUGAUGAGUUUCGGCGUGGCGCGGCAGGCCAUCCUGCACCCUGAUGAGAUCCCAACAUGGCGUCUGGCCAGGAACAUCUUCUACAUGCCUUACUGGAUGAUCUAUGGGGAAGUGUUCGCUGACUCCAUAGACCUCUAUGCAAUGGAAAUCAAUCCACCAUGUGGUGAUAACAUGUACGAUGAGGAUGGGAAGAAGCUACCUCCUUGUAUCCCCGGAGCCUGGCUCACUCCAGCCAUCAUGGCCUGCUACCUGCUGGUGGCCAACAUCCUCCUGGUCAACUUACUCAUCGCUGUCUUCAACAACACCUUCUUAGAGGUCAAGUCCGUCUCCAACCAGAUCUGGAAGUUCCAGCGUUACCAGCUGAUCAUGAAGUUCCACGACCGGCCCCUCCUCCCUCCGCCCCUCAUCAUCUUCAGCCACAUCCAUAUCGUUCUGAAACACGUCUGUCGUCGCUGCAAGAGGAGAACAGAGGGAGAGCAGGACGACAGGGACAACAAAGGACUACAGCUGCUGCUGAACGCCGAGGAGCUGAAGGCUCUGUAUGACUUCGAGGAGCAGUGUGUGGAGGAGUAUUUCAGAGAGAAGGAGGACGAGGAGCAGUCGUCUAGCAACGAACGCAUCCGGGUCACAUCGGAGAGGGUGGAGAACAUGUCGAUGCGUCUGGAGGAGGUGAACGAGAGGGAGCACUCCAUGAAGGCUUCCCUGCAGACGGUGGACCUGCGACUGGGUCAGCUGGAGGAGUUCUCUGGACGUAUGAUGAACGCCCUGGAGAAGCUGGCCGGGGUGGACCACAACGACCUGGUCAGAACCCAGUCGGGGGUCUCCUCAGUCUGCGACACGUCCUCUCUGCUCCGUCACAGCUCCAUCAACAGCUCUGACGGCUACAGUCUGUACCGCUACCACCUGGAGAUGGGAGAUGACACCCGCUCUGAGGCUGGGGACAUCAGGAGCCCUGAGAGGAAGGGGAGCCAGAGGAAGGUGGUUGAGAGGAAACGGAGUAUGAGAGAAACCACGACCGGCAUCACGGCCUCUGUGAAGGAGUACGGAGCCACGUUAGACGUGGUGGGCCCCAGAGAGAGGAAUCAUUCCAGCUCCAGUGUCUCUGUCUGCGAAGGGGCAAAGGAAACCCCAACCCAGAGGCCUGAGGUUCCUACAGAGCCUUCUCCACCGCCUUGCAGCCCUGCAGCCUCGAUGGACGCGGCCCUGGAGAAGGCAGGCGUGACCACGGAGAAGAUCAAGCUAGAAGCAACCAUCUCAUACCCUCUGGAGAGGGUCAGGUCCCUGCAGUACCAGUCACCAGGGACCCACAGUGACUCUCUCACCUCCAGGCCCAGAUCCAGGAGCACUAUGGUGUACAACCCAGCCGAUGGGGGAGAUGAGGGGGCUACUUGGGCCACAGACGUCAACAACCUCCUCACAGGGGAUCAGGAAACGGUUACCUCCAGAUCUCCGACUAUUGGUCACUGGGCAGCGCGCUUCGAGUACAAAGUCCACCCCUGCCCGUUCGGCCACAUGCCCAAAGUCUCCAUGGAGAAGCUAGUCCCCACCACCACAGACACAAAGGACGAGGCAGAGGCCAAAGAGACAACGACAGACAGUGAACCACAGGAGCCAGGGAAGAGUCAGUCAGAGAGCAACCAAGAUGGAGGUGAGGAGAAACAGGAAGCGGAGGCUAAAGAGACAGACAGUGAACCACAGGAGCCAGGGAAGAGUCAGUCAGAGAGCAACCAAGAUGGAGGUGAGGAGAAACAGGAAGCGGAGGCUAAAGAGACAGACAGUGAACCACAGGAGCCAGGGAAGAGUCAGUCAGAGAGCAACCCAGAUGGAGGUGAGGAGAAACAGGAAGCGGAGGCUAAAGAUACUGGUGGAGGCCUUCUGCUUGUGGCAGAGGACAGGAUGUAUCCAUCACUGAGGUCUAAGAGCCUGAACACCAACCCCAGGAAAGUGAAGGCCAGAGGGGACUGGGCACAGAGAACCAAGUCAGACAGCAGUGUUAAAGACCUAACAGCUAUGUUAGUAGGGACUGGGGAGACAGAGACAGAGGUAGAGACUGACAGACAGUAUUAAAGACCUAACAUCUAUGUUAGGAGGGACUGGGGAGACAGAGACAGAGGUAGAGACUGACAGACAGUAUUAAAGACCUAACAGCUAUGUUAGGAGGGACUGGGGAGACAGAGACAGAGGUAGAGACAGAGGUAGAGACUGACAGACAGUAUUAAAGACCUAACAGCUAUGUUAGGAGGGACUGGGGAGACAGAGACAGAGGUAAAGGUAGAGAUAGAGACUGACAGACAGUAUUUAAGACCUAACAGCUAUGUUAGGAGGGACUGGGGAGACAGAGACAGAGGUAGAGACAGAGGUAGAGACAGAGGUAGAGACAGAGGUAGAGACUGACAGACAGUAUUAAAGACCUAACAGCUAUGUUAGGAGGGACUGGGGAGACAGAGACAGAGGUAGAGACUGACAGACAGUAUUAAAGACUUAACAGCUAUGUUCGGAGGGACUGGGGAGACAGAGGUAGAGACUGACAGACGGUAUUAAAGACCUAACAUCUAUGUUAGGAGGGACUGGGGAGACAGAGACAGAGGUAGAGACAGACAGACAGUAUUAAAGACCUAACAGCUAUGUUAGGAAGGACUGGGGAGACAGAGACAGAGGUAGAGACAGAGACAGAGGUAGAGACUGACAGACAGUAUUAAAGACCUAACAGCUAUGUUAGGAGGGACUGGGGAGACAGAGGUAGAGACUGACAGAAAGACAAAAAGCCUCAAAGACAGAACACCUGUGAAUGACUUCUGAUGAUGUCUGACUGGUAUUACUCACUGUGGAAUGGAAUAAACUAGCCAAUGGUGUGUGGUAGAGCUGAGCAGCGCUGAACUACUGUCUGAGACCCAGGAAUGUUGCAUAUCUUGGUUUUUCCAAAUCAUUCCAGUUGAUGGGGACAGCUUUGAGCGAGGGAAUGGCGAAAGUGCGGUGAUUAUUGAGUUGUUGUUAAAUGUUUAUUUGUUGUUAAAUGUUUAUUUGUUUUUAAAUGUUUAUUGUAUUAGAUGUAUUUCAUGUUGAUUAAUCAGGCAAAUAACAUUGCAGAUACAGACAUCUUAUAAAGAUAAGGGAUAUUUGUAUUCAUCUCAAAUGGAAAUCAUUACACAAACAAGGUAAGAGACAAGGCAUAGUUUUUCCAAACAUUUGUUUGAUCCUUAAAAAUGGGUAAAAAGGGACAAUUAUAACGAUCUCUGUGUAACAGAUUGAAUAACGUUGUAUUCUGAAAUAAAAAAAAAAUUAAUUA